AAUUCCUCAUCUGUGGCAGACAUAUCCCAAAAGUAUUGGUUGGUGGUCGUCUUUGGUCGGUUUUCCUGUCAGCUGUUGAACAUAAGAAGAUAAGGCAAUGUACUAACAAGAGGAGCCAUUUGGCCAACCUAAGCUCAUCCGGUUCCUCGUAGCCGAUUGAUCUCCAAAUCUUGUUGAGUCUUAAAGGAUCUAAGUGAUUCAGCCUCAACAACAUGACUAGGCAGCCCAUCCAAUACCCUUGCCACUCUCUGUAUGAAUAAGUGUCUCCCUCUGUCCUAAGUCUUACGAUUUUAUUUGAAUACACCCCGAUUUGUAUACUGUCUAAUGUCCCUCCCUGUCGCACACAGCGUGUUUAUGAAACAGAAGAAGUUCAUCUACCACUAUAUGAACCUGCGCUGGGCUUUCGGGCGCCAUGAGACCUACUUGUGCUACAUUGUGAAGAGGAGAGACAGCCCCACUUCUGACUCCUUAGACUUUGGAUUCCUUCGCAAUCGUUCCGGCUGCCAUGUUGAGGUGCUGUUUCUGCGCUAUAUGAAUGCUUGGCAGAUCGACCCCCGUCUCAGUUACUCUGUCACCUGGUUCUGCUCCUGGUCUCCCUGUUUCGGCUGCGCACUCCACCUGGCUCAGUUCCUGUCUGAGCACCCCAACUUACGCCUGCGUAUCUUCGCGGCCCGUCUGUAUUUCUGCGAGGACAAUAAUUCGGAGCCUGAAGGACUGAGGAGACUCAAAGCUGCUGGGGCGCAUAUAGCAGUCAUGACCUUCAAAGACUAUUUCUACUGCUGGCACACAUUUGUCGCCAGUCGAGACCGUGCAUUCAAAGCCUGGGAAGGGCUCAACGCAAACUCCAUCCGGCUGGCUCGAAAACUCAGACGCAUCCUCCAGCCUGUGGAUGAAAUUGAUGAUCUAAGAGAUGCCUUCAAGCUACUUGGAUUUUGAAAAGAGCACAUUGAUCUACAGUAGACAACAGCUGUGACUUUGAAAUGGGGAACUUCAAGUCAGUUUUAAAAAAAGGCAAUUUUAAUAUGUGUAACAUUGCCCUUACGAUUUCAUGGCGUCUGCAUUCAUUCCGAGUCGCUCUGUGUUUUAUUGAUUUAGUGUUGAGUUAUUAUAAUUAUUCUCUAAAUCUACCUAGCUUUGAGCUUGCUUGAAAAAUCUGUGCAUUCACCAUGCUUUAUCAUUCAGUUCAAAUAAUGUGAAAUCAAUUUGACCUUUCAACUGUGAAUACCUGUCCCCACCUGCACUCACUCUCGCUAUCUCAACUCUAGUGCAACAUCAGUUUAAUAUUUUAAAAAGCAACACGUCUUAAUAUUCUAUACUGUAAUCAAUUACCAAGCAUUAUAUUGUUGUACUCACAGCAAUAAUUUAAACAUAUUUUAG